CAUGGGGUCGACAGCCCCAGGGCCCAUUCACCUGCUGGAGCUGUGUGACCAGAAGCUCAUGGAGUUUAUCUGCAAUGUGGACAAUAAAGACUUGGUGUGGCUCGAAGAGAUCGAGGAGGAGGCCGAGCGCAUGUUCACCAGAGAAUUCAGCAAGGAGCCUGAGCUGAUGCCCAAAACACCUUCUCAGAAGAACCGACGGAAGAAGAGACGGGUUUCUCAUGUUCAGGAUGAAAACAGAGACCCCAUCCGGAAAAGGUUGUCCCGCAGAAAAACCCGGAGCAGCCAGCUGAGCUCCCGGCAUCUGCGCAGCAAGGACAAGGUGGAGAAGCUGGCCACGGUGGUGGGGGAGAACGGCUCUGUCCUGCGGAGGAUGACCCGCGCUGCGGCCGCAGCUGCGGCGGCCACCGUGGCGUUCGCUGCCCCUUCAUCCAGCCCUGAGUCCCCCACAGCACUGACCACGAAGCCUGAAAACAGCCUGGCCGAGGGCCAGCUGGUGCCCGUGGUGAAGAUCAGCGUCAGCGAGCGCCAGAGUGCCGAGCAGCACCUCGGCCGGCUCGAGUCCGUCCAGGCUCCCUCUCUGGCUCCGUCCCCUCCAGCCACAGCUCCCGCCUCCCACAGCAUCUCGAUAUCGGAGGAGGAAUUCACCCCCAAGAAGCCAGAGGCUGGGAGACUGGAAUCUGUUACCGUGAGCUCCCUGAUGGCCACACCCCAGGACCCCAAGAGCCAAGGGGUCGGAGCAAGCCGGUCGGCCUCCAAGCUCAGGAUCGCGCAGGCUUCCCCAGGCCCGCAGGACCUGUCGGGCUCUCCGGCCUCCCCAUGGCAGGAGCGGGUGCUGGCUCCCAUCCUGCCGGAUAACUGCUCCACGCCCACGGGUACCCGCGUGGACCCGCAGUCAGUGCGGCGCAGCCUGAUUGCGCCGUCCUCCCCUGGCCACCAGCCCUCGCUGGCCCAGAAGUACUCCCUGGUGGCCAAACAGGAGAAGCCUGUCCGCAGGUCAAGCAGAAGGAUUGGCAAGAAAGCCUCUGUAGAGCCGGCUGCCUCUGCCCGCAUCAUCUGUCACAGUUACCUGGAGAGGCUCCUGAAUGUGGAGGUGCCCCAGAAAGUUGGCCCUGAGCAGAAGCCCAGCGAGAAGGCUGAGCCUGUGGAGGCGGCUGAGCCAGAGGUCCCCAAGAACGUGCCCCGCAGUGCCACCAAGAUCACCAUUAGCACCCCUGGCUCGCGGCCUGUGGCUGGUGGCCAGGAAACGCCCUCUGAAGGGCAGCAAGAGCCCAAGCCUGACGAAGCAGAUGGCCCCAGGGAGCCACCCCAGAGUGUCAGGAGGAAGCACAGUUACAGGCAGGCCGUGAGUGAGCUGGACGAGGGGCAGCAGCUGGAGGAUGAGGAGCUGCAAGCCCCCAGGAGCAAGACCCCUUCCCCACCCUGUCCGGCCAGCAAGGUGGUGCGGCCCCUCCGGACCUUCCUGCACACCGUGCAGAGGAACCAGAUGCUCAUGACCCCGACCUCGGCGUCCCGCAGCAGUGUCAUGAAAUCCUUCAUCAAGCGCAACACUCCCCUGCGCGUGGACCCUAAGUGCAGCUUCGUUGAGAAGGAGCGGCAGCGCCUAGAGAACCUGCGGCGGAAGGAGGAGGCCGAGCUGCUCCGCAGGCAGAAGGUAGAGGAAGACAAGCGGCGGCGGCUGGAGGAGGUGAAGCUGAAGCGUGAGGAGCGCCUCCGCAAGGUGCUGCAGGCCCGGGAGCGGGUGGAGCAGAUGAAGGAGGAGAAGAAGAAGCAGAUCGAGCAGAAGUUUGCUCAGAUCGACGAGAAGACUGAGAAGGCCAAGGAGGAGCGGCUGGCUGAGGAGAAAGCCAAGAAAAAGGCAGCAGCCAGGAAGAUGGAGGAGGUGGAGGCGCGCCGGAAGCAGGAAGAGGAGGCCCGGCGGCUCAGGCGGCUCCAACAGCCCAAUGCUGGCCGGAGGCCCCCGACCUUGCUGUCUGUUCACCAGGAGGAGGAAGAGCGGCGGCACCAAGAGCUGCUGCAGAAGAAGAAGGAGGAGGAGCAGGAGCGGCUCCGGGCUGAGAGGGAGCUGCAGGAGAGGGAGCGGGAGAAGGCCCUGCGGCUACACAAGGAGCGGCUGCAGAGGGACCUGGAGGAGAAGAAGAAGAAGGAGGAGCAGCAGCGCCUGGCCGAGGAGCAGCAGAGGAGAGCCAGGGAGGUGGCGGCCACCAGCAAAGGCCUGACUGCGACCCCGGACUCGCAGUCUCCAGCUUGUACCUCCUAUCAGAUGACGCCACAGGGCCACAGGGCCCCCCCCAAGAUCAACCCAGAUAACUACGGGAUGGAUCUGAAUAGCGAUGACUCCACCGAUGACGAGGCCCAUCCCCGGAAGCCCAUCCCCACCUGGGCCAGAGGCACUCAGCUAAGCCAGGCCAUCAUCCACCAGUACUACCACCCCCCGAACCUGCUCGAGCUCUUUGGAACCAUUCUCCCACUGGACUUGGAGGACAUCUUCAAGAAGAGCAAGCCCCGCUACCACAAGCGCACGAGCUCUGCUGUCUGGAACUCACCGCCCCUGCUGGGCGCCAGGGUCCCCAGCAGCCUGGCCUACAGCCUGAAGAAGUACUGAGGCCCCCAGGCCCUCUCAGCAGUCUCAGCCCCUGUGUGUGUCUGUCUGUCCGCCCCUCUGGUGCCAUCCUGCCUGGUGUUCUGUCUCUGGGCCUUUGCCAUGUGUAUAUAAAUGUCCUCUGUGGGCUGCAGGUAGAACGUGGCCCAGGCCUUUUUGGAGGCUGCACUCGGUGGGUGGUUGGGGGAGAACCAGCCCAGCCCCACCUGGCCUGCAGACAGCACUCUGUAAAUAGAUUGUUAUAAUUCAGCAGAAUUUUAGCCUCUAGUGUCCGAGAGCUAGAUUAAUAAAGUCUGUUC